GAAUAGCAUCCCACUCAAAACUGUCUGGUGUGAGUUCUGGAGAUUUGUUAGUAAGGUGAUAACUUGUAUGUUUACGUUCGUUUUACUUCCUAGUUAAUCACCAUGUCGGUGGCAUUUGACAGGCACAGACAGCGUGGAAAAGGUGAUAUAACCCCCGCUGGAAUACAAAAGUUACUGGAUGAGAACAAUCAACUGAUUCAGUGUAUAAUGGAAUUCCAAAGCAAAGGAAAAACAGCAGAGUGUUCACAAUAUCAGCAGAUGCUCCACAGAAAUUUAGUGUACCUGGCCACGAUAGCAGACUCCAAUCAGAACAUGCAGUCUCUCUUACCUGCUAAGUGUGACUCCCCCAUCCCAGAGGUAAAGCUUGAACCGCCCACUCAGAGCAUGCCCAUGGGCCCCGGUGGGAUGACCCAGAGUGGAGCCCCCCCGCAGCCCCCCCACGGCCACAGCAUGCCCUCCGACGGCAUGGUCAGCGGAGGCCCACCGGCUCCACACAUGCAGAACCAGAUGAAUGGACAGAUGCCUGGCCCUAACCACAUGCCCAUGCAGGGCCCCGGGCCUGGCCCUAACCAGCCCCCCAACAUGCCCAGUGGAGCCAUGAACAUGCCCCCCAGCAGCCACGGCUCCAUGGGCGGCUACAACCACUCUGUCCCCUCCUCCCAGGGCAUUCCCGCCCAGGCCCAGAUGAACAUGACCCAGGGCCAGCCCAUGGGCAACUACGGCCCCCGGCCCAACAUGAACAUGCAGCCUAACCAAGGUCCCAUGAUGCAGCAUCAGCCCCCCUCCCAACAGUACAACAUGCCCCCCGGCGCCAGCGGACAGCACUACCAGGGCCAGCAGAACCCCAUGGGCAUGAUGGGCCAGGUCAACCAGGGGAACCAUGUCAUGGGCCAGAGGCCCAUGCCGCCCUACAGACCCCCCCAGCAAGGACCCCCUCAGCAGUACCCAGGGCAGGAAGACUACUAUGGGGACCAGUACAGUCACGCAGCACAGGGAGCCUCAGAAGGUAACGCCCAGUAUGGCCAGCAGCAGGAGGCCUACCAGCAGGGCCCCCCCCAGCAGCAGGGCUACCCCCCUCAGCAGCAGUACCCGGGACAGCAGGGCUACCCCGGACAGCAGCAGGGCUACGGUCCCUCCCAAGGUGCCCCGGGGCAAUAUCCCAACUACCCCCAGGGCCAGGGCCAGCAGUAUGGGGGCUACCGGCCCCCCCAGCCGGGCCCACCCCAGGCCCAGCAGCAGCGUCCCUAUGGCUACGACCAGGGACACAUGAGGAAAUAAAGGCCCGGGGAUUUGAAACCCCCUCUGACUAGCUCUGUAUGAAGCAAAGGGUCAGUAUGGAAAUUACCAGCAAUGAGAGAAGGCCGUGCCACCUCCUCCCCCCCCCCCCCCCCCCAACCCCGAGCCCUGACCUCUCACCCGUCUUCAACUAUCUGGACUUUUGCCAUGGCUGCAGCUCGCUGAGACGUUGUCUCAGACUCACGCACGCACACACUCUCUCUAAUAUCUGGGCUGGGGUCAUUGUGUACAAUUUCUUUCUUUUUUCCCCUUCCUUCCUCCUCCCAGCUCCACCACUGUCCUGUUGUAGUCUGAGCAGCAAAGCCUUCAAUGAAAUUGAGCUGCCUUCCCCAGAGUAUUGUAAAUUGGGGAAAUGGGGGCGACGGGAAUUUAUUAUUAAUAUUCUAAAAGAUAUCUAUACACGGGACAGACGUAUACAGACCUUAACCAUAGCGCGGGGCUGCGUUUCUCCAUCCACUAACCCCACCCCCACACCCCCACAUAAGAAGCAAUAACUUCAGGAGGGGGAGGGAAGAGGUGGGUGGCUGAAUGUGUGAGGUGGAGAGGUGACUUCUGCUAGGCCAUGGUACAUGUCGAGGGCCGUCUAAAGUAUGUGAUGUAAAGAAAAAAAACUAACUUACUAACUCUUAUACAAAGCUAACUUUGUAUAAGAAUCUGGGGACUAGUCAAACAUCUGGUUUCCUU